AUGGAGCAGUGGAACCGGAAGUGGAGGACUCUCUGGUGCUGGUCUAACGUGUACGUAGGAUGGAAAGUUUCCCAGGCACGCGCGCGGGCGCUGCCGAAGGAGGCUCAGGCGGAGUUCUGGGAGCAGCGCCACGAACACUUUGCGAACGUGAUUUGGGAAAACAUCAAAGAGCUGCGCGGGUGGUGGGUCAAGGUAGGGCAGUUCAUGAGCACACGGAGCGACUUGCUCCCGCAGCAGUACAUCCAUCACCUGGUCAAGCUCCAGGACAUGAUGCCGACGUCAGACUUUGCCUCGAUUCGCAAGACGAUCGCGGACGAGCUGGGCGACGUCGACGCGAUCUUUGAGAAAAUUGACCCGAACGCGCUGGCGUCCGCGUCGAUCGGACAAGUCCACCGCGCCUGGCUGAAGGACGGCUCGCCAGUCGUCGUCAAGGUCCAGCACGCGGAUGUCGAGACGCUGCUCAGUCACGACAUGCAGAACUUGAAGCAGCUGUCCUGGGCGUUUGGGCUGCUCGAGUCGGGGCUGAACUUUGCGCCGAUUCUCGAAGAGUGGCAGAAAGCGGCGGCGAAGGAACUCGACUUCCGGUACGAACUGGUACACCAGCUGCGCGCGUACGAAGGCUUACGAAAGUCCGGGAUCGACGUGAAGAUCCCCAAGCCGUACCCGGAGUUCACCGCGAAGAAGGUGAUGGUCAUGGAGUUCGUCAACGGCUUCAAAAUCACCGACACGGAGAAGCUCGACGCCUACAAGGUGGACCGGCGCGAGUUGAUGUUCAAGUUGUGCGACAGCUUCGCGUACCAGAUCCACAUUGACGGGCUGUUCAACGGAGACCCUCACCCGGGAAACAUCCUCGUGGAGGUGAACGAGGCGACUGGCGAGGCGACGCCGAUCAUUCUCGACUGGGGUCUGGUCAAAGAAUUCGACUCGGCUGGCCAACUCGCCUUCUCCAAACUCGUCUACGCCGUCGCGUCCAUGAACGUGAUGGGUUUGAUGGAGGCCUUCGAAGACAUGGGCUUCAAGUUCAAGGAAGGCGCCGGAGCCGUCAUCGACCCCGAGGUGUACAUGGAUGCACUCCGCAUUGCCCUCCGGGACGGCGAAGUCGAGAAGGAGGAGACUGAAGCGCUGAAGCAGUCCGCGGGGCAGACGCUCGGCGCGGCACAGAAGGCUGGGCUGAACCGGAAGAAGUUGCAAGAGAAGAAUCCACUCGAAGACUGGCCACGCGACAUCAUCUUCUUCGUUCGAGUCGCCUCGCUGCUCCACGGCCUCUGCGUGCAGCUGAACGUCCACCUCCCCUUUUUGCAAAUAAUGGUCAAGCGCGCGCAAGAGUGUCUCUUUGAGCGCUACGUUCCGCCCUCGCCGCUCGUCUACGUCAAGCUCGGCAGACCGUCCCGGCCCCGGACGCAGCUCGAGGGCCGCGUCGACCGCCUCCUCCGGAGUCUCUUCCAGCGCGGCCUGCUGCUCGGCUGCCAAGUCGCCGUCGUCAAGGACGGCGCGCUCCUCGUCGACACGUGCAUCGGCAAGAUGGGGCCGGUCGAUGCCCGACCCGUCACCUCCGACAGCCUCUUUUGCGGCUACUGCGUCUCCAAAGGCCUGCUGACCACCGCCUUGUUGAAGCUCGUCAGCGACGGCGAGGUACACCUCGACGACCUCGUCUCGAACUGGUGGGAUGGCUUCAUCCGCUACGGCAAAAAGAACGUCACGAUUCGCCAACUCCUCUCCCACAGAGCCGGCCUCCACCGCGCGCUGCCGGCGAAUCUCACGCUCUCGAAGCUGACUGACUACGCGGCGAUGGUCGGAGUCAUUGAAGACGCGCCGCCGGCAACCGUGCCUGGCCUCGUCGGCCGGUACGCGUACCUGACCUACGGCUGGGCCGUUAGCGAACUGGUGGCCUCUGUCGCGUGCUCCCCAGUCGAAGACUACAUCCGGGAGAAGAUGCUGCAGCCGUACGGCCUCGAGAACUCGAUCUUCUUGCCGCUGCCUGAGGACGGACUUCUGGCCGAGCGUCCCGAGCCCGCGACGGAGACAGAAGGCCGCGAAGCGGCUCCAAAGGACGCGACGCCGCCCACUGCGUCUGAGCCGGGCGCUGCUGCUCCCAGCGCAGAAGACACGCGAGACACCAAACCCACGGAGCAGGCAGCCGGGACGCCGUCCGCCGUCUCUGCUGUCUCUGCUGUCUCCGCCUUCUCUUCCUUCACCAAGAGCCUCGCGAGCGGCCAGCAGUUGCUGACCGAGCGCCUCGGGCAGAAAUUCUUGACGCAGCGACGAGAAGAGGACGCGUCCAGUGCCAAGCCUGCGUCUGGAGAGGACGCGGGAGACGCAGGCCAUCCCGAGCCGCGAGACGGCUCAGAGGGCGACGCGGGACCAUGCUCAAGCGAGGACGCAGGAGACACUGCAGGCUCGGAGUCCCCGGGAGUCCCUGGCCGGCCAGGCGCGUGUCGCCUCUCGCGCGAAGGGCCCGACGUCUGCGUCUCGGCCCCGUCGACCCCUGGAAACUGCGGGGCCGCUGCGGCCGCAGAUGAGGGGAGACCGCACUUAGCCCGGUCAGCGCCGCCCUCAGUCUGCGGUACGCCUCUCGGGUCUCCUCGCACUCAGAGCGUGGCGUCUGAGGGCAGUCGAGACCCACCCGAAGACUCGAGCGCUCCGCACAAAACAGAUCCGUUCCCCUCCCAUCCGGUCGCUGCUUUCUCGCGGCGCGUCUCCGCCUUCGCGUCCUCGGUCCGCAGUUUCCUCCGGCCAAAGCGAACGAGCAGUGAACAGUCUGGCGGUCGCCUGGCUUCGCCCGGAGCAGAGACGCGCAGGCGAGGCGCAGCGAAAAGCGGAGGGUUUCCGACCGCGGGGCUCGGGGCGCCGGACAGAGCUCGAGUGAGAGAGACAGUCGGCAGCGUGGCGGACCAGCAGAACAAGAAGCGAGGCAGAAGGUUGUCGGUGAUUCUGCACGCACCCGACGCGGCGUCCCCGGACUCGGAAGCGGGAAGCGUUCUCCUGUACGAGGGGGAGCCCGGGGAGUCGCGCGAAGCGAGUCUCACAGAAAACCUGCCGAACCAGGCUGCCUUGGAUCCGAAACGCGACAAAGCUGUGAGAAUGUAUCGGAGGGAAACGUCCGCCUGCACGGUGGACUCCAGCGUCGCGUCGACGGCGACGAAAGCGGGAGUCUUGGAAGACGAGAGCGAUCGGCGCAGUGCGUACUACUCAGUGUCUUCGGAGGAACCGGAGAGCUGCUGCUGCUGCCUGUCGCCACGACGGCCUUCCUCAGACAGCAGAGCUGGCUUGGUGGAGGCAGACACGUCAGCCACGGGCGGCUGCGCGCCGUCUCAGCAAACAGUUUCGAGCAGCGAUAACAGCUGGACAGAAACCGCCGCGCGUGAAGAGCCCUGUGGGUAUAUGCGUGUGAACGUGGACGUCGAAGGCGCAGGAAGACGGAAGGUGUCGGAGCCGCGAGGCGCGACCGUAGGUCCGCCGAGCCUCGGCCCUCCUGCCUCGCACACGGCCCACUCAAGCGCCGACAAGGAACCGUCGAGAUCUCAACACCCACCUCCCUCGUCAGCCUCCACCCCGUCUUCACCCCCCUCGUCUGCGGUUUCUUCACCCCCCUCGUCGUCUCCGUCUCCGUUGCCGGCACACGCUGGGAGCGGCGAGACCUCCCUGAAAGACAGCGUGGAGAGCCGUGCGCGCUUUCCGCCGGGGGUGUGCACAGUGACGGCGAAGACGCCACUAUUCUGGCGCAUCACGUCAGCCCGCAGACGGAUCUCGUUCGGCAACGUGACGCAGCAGGAAGUCAUGGAGAAGCUGGAGGCGGCGAAGAAGUACGCGGAGGCCCAGGCUGGCGAGAAGAGCGCCGAGGAGCCGAAGGCCGCGAGCGACCUCGCUCGGCGGAGACAACGCCUGCACAAGGAGCGGGCCAUGCAGAAGCUCCGGCGGGCGCGAAAUGCGGGCGCGGGCGCGGUGUGGCGGCGAGAGGACGCCGAGCGGGCGUGGGGGGGCGAAGAGCGAGCGCGUGAGACGCGCCGCCGGCGAAGCAGCAGGCGCCAGCGCCGCGACAGCUCCUCGGGCCCUGGACGCGGCGAGAGCGAAGACCGCGGACUGUACCCGUCGACGAAGGACGGCAGUGAGGAGAGUCCGUGUGCGAGUUUAGGGGAUGCUUUCGAGCGUCGGAGAUCGAAGGACGAGGAAGAUCGAGGGCGGGAGAAGCUCGCGAGUCGGGGCUCCAGGCUCAGUCUGUCGGGUGGCCUCGCCCGUCGUGGGCUGCGCUCCGCGAGCCAGUCGAAGGGGAGCGACUGUCGCCAGGCGAGUCUCCUGUCUCCUGCGAGUGCCCUGUCUGCGCUGUCUUCUCGCGGCUCCUCGCGGAGAGGUUCCUCCUCGGGGCGGAGCGCGGCGUCACCAGAAGACUUGGAGCGGCGAGGCAGUCUCGUCUCCGCAGGCUCGCCGAGCCUCAGCGGAGAGAAGCGUGCGCCCGCGCAGCGGUCGGGCGGGUCGGCCUCCACGCCCCUCUCGCCUGUCUCUCUGUCUCCAGGCCAGGGCGGAGACGCGCCGGUGCACCGCGUCUCCGCCCUGGAUCUGAUCCGGAAGAAACCGCAUGUGAUGGAUCCGCUUCUCUACGACAGCCGGCGCAUCGUCUCCAAGCGCGUCCCGCCCACGAACGGACGCUUCACUGCGUGCGGCCUCGCACAGCUCUACGCGGCCAUCGCGGCAGGGGAGGUCAUCGACGGACCUACGAUGGACGCUGCGCGUACGCCCGCGACGGUCGACGACAGUCUGGAGACACUGCUCCUCACGGGCGGCGGAAGCCGCGUCUGGGGCCUUGGCUACCAGCUGUACGAGUGCGCCAAGGUCGACUCGAACCAGCUCGCUCUGCCGCCGCCGCCGUCGCCCGCCAGUUUGAUGCGGCUGCGUGCCGCGCAGUCCUUCACGCGCCGACAGUCCGUGCACCCUUCUUCCGCCGUUGCAGCCGCCCGGAUGCUCCGUCGCCAGUUCACCGGCGACCGAGAGUUCCCCGCGGGAAGCCUGUCUCCCUUCUCUCCCGGCGGCGCUGUGUCUCCGGGCCGUGGCCCCAGUGCGGAGGGUUCAGGGGACGGGGCGUCGGCGCAUGCAGGUGUGGGGGGGAGGAGCCCGCGGACGCUGUCUCCAGGGCCAGGAAAAAAGGAGGAGAGGACCGUCACGGGUUUUGGCCACGGCGACUUUGGCGGCAGCGUCGCGCUGUGCUUUCCAGAACUCAAACUGUCCAUCGCCAUCCUGGUCAACGACGUGCUAACGGGGCCGCAGGCCUCGAGAGAGAUUUUGGAGUUUCUGUUGAGAAAGUUCGGCCUCGAACCGAGAUGGACGACAGCCGUCGAUUUUGACGAGGUCCUAGCAAACCUCACCCCGAAGCAGAAGCGGAGUUCAAAGUGA